AUGUAUAUGGUUAAGCAGAAGUCACCGCUGGGAGUGUCGCAAGAUGGUGAUCCUAUACGGAAAUCGCCUCAUAGCUACGGUCCUGCAAAUCUGCCUACAUCCAUGGCUGACAACCAUUUCUUCCCUCCGGGUUUUUGGGUUUUGGCGUAUCACUAUUGUAAUGUGGUUGUUGGAUUUGUGCUCGAUCUUUCGUUCGCUGAACGAGCCAGUGGUGCUGGUGCAGACUCUACUGCAUACAGUACUCGUACCAUACCUUGCGAACCAGGAGUCACCAUGCGCCCCAUUCUCUGUGGCGGUUUUUACUCAAACGAAGCUGCUGGAGGAGCACCUUACCAUGGCCUAUUCAUUUCUUGGUACUCACUUUACUCGGGUAUUGGUCAAGUCGUACACCGCGACAGCAUGGCUCCCGUCACGGCUCGCCGCGCAGAAGCACGUAAGAUGAAAGCAGCAAGACUGCGCGAAGAAGCAAAUUUGGUGAAAUCGUCGGAAACUAUCACUGAAACAAAAGACCCAUCAAAACCAACAUGUUUCUUUGACGAAUCACUUCUAGCUUGUGAUAUAUGUCUGGAAAUUAUGCAUAAUGCAAUGAAUGUCUCUCCUUGUAAUCAUAAAUUCUGUGCUGGUUGUAUUUACGAAUGGAAUUCGUUGAAUACAAAAUGCCCCAAGUGCCGCUGGAGCGCUGCGGAUAUCACCCGCGAUGCUACCUUGAACUCAAUAAUAGAACAGUACCUUACAGCUUUUCCAGAAAAACGACGAGACAAAGCGCAACUUAUAGAAUUAGAUGAACGAGAAUUGAACCAUUUGGAACAGUGGGAAAGAAAGCGUGACUCCGAUGAAGGAGAUUAUGACUACGAAAUGGAAGAUCAGUUCUUUGAUGACAGUGACGAUUCCGACUCUUUUGAGGUCCAAGAUGAGCAGCUCGAAAGUGACGAUGAAGAUGCCCUAGAAUAUUCUAAUUCGGAUCGAUGGAGCGAUAAUAUGAUAGGAAGCUUUGACGAAGAUGAUGACGAGAAUGAUUCUGACAUACAACAUGAGUAUAUAUCUCGUCGCAAUUUGGAAAAAGCACGAAUGGAGAGAUUACGACGCGAAAAAGAGGAACGUGACAGGCUGAAAGAGCUUGAAGCGGAACGAAGUCGCAAGACAAGCGCUAAAUCGAAGAAGGAGAAGUCUCGUGAUCGCCGAUGUGGCACGGGAGGAGGAAAUGGUCGCUCUACCAAUUCCAGUAGAUCAAACACUCGUCUGAACAAUGUAUCAGCUCCGACUUCCACACGUUCGGUGACUACACAUUCGAUGACUUUAAGAUCGCGAAAUUUGUGACGCGACGACACGACGACGGCGACGCGACUUCGCUCUAGAUAUAUUUCUUACGCACGCUCGCAUCUCUCAUUCCUCCAUACAUUCGUUUCGGGUUCACAUCAAUGUCUGCCCAUGCGAUCUUUUGAGUUAUAUAUGUAACGUGUGUGUGUACUUGUGCAAAUUUAUGUCAUUUAGUCGUUUAUUUCUAGCCAACGCUGAUUUUCUGUGUGAUAUUGUCCCAAACGUUGAAAUGAGUGUUUGUGAAUUUCUAGACCCUAUAGUGAUAGUGACUAACGAAAAAAUAUCGAACUGAUACCAUCAUAGUGUCACUGAUGUACCUGCUACUAUUUUAAUCAUUGAAGCUACUUGUAUUGACAUUUACUAACAGCUUUUUAUUGAUUUUAUCACAUUGUGGUUACGGAAUGUGCUUAUCUAACAAUUUUUGAGCCAUAAGCCUUUAUCUGUAAGGAAUAUGUUGGGCCAAGCUGGUGUCGCCUUUUCAGAGACAAAACAGCGUAUUUUUCUCAAAUUGAACGUAGUUUUGACAAAAUCUGCUCAAUCAUCAGGCUGUUUUGGCUCCGAAUUCGUUUCUAUCUCUGAUAUUCAAUUAUCAUACCCUUACAGUUGAUUUUUCAGCCAUAAUGACACUCAGGUAGGUGAGCUGCUGCCUGUGAGUCGUGGCAGAUGUCAGACACUCGUCUCACAGGCUUGAACAGUGGCUCCCGCUGCUGCCUUGACUGUAGCUGGCUAAAAAAUCAAGUAUCUCCUAUCCUCCCUCGUCUUCCCACCUCAAAUUUCAUGAACAACUGUACCCUUUCUUCUUCCCAAUUAUGUACCUGAAACGCGAGAGUCGUUUAAUAUUGACUACAAUUUUUAUGCUCGAGCGUCGGUUUUAGCAUAAUAUCUCCAUAUUUGAUUUCUACUGAACUACUGCUUUUAUCCUGUAUCUGUAUUACGAAUUUGGUUCUGUAUUGCUUGAAUUCUUGUUAUAUGGUGUGUGUGCGUACUAGAUGUUCGGGUUGCAAUCAUUUGAACUGCUGUACUUCUUGCCCUCAUAUUCCUUUUUUGAUACACUGUAAAUAAAUGUUUCAUU